AUGAUGUCUCAGUCUCUCCGGGCCUCGCGCACCCUCUUCACCCGUGCCUCUCGGCAACAGGUCUCGGUCGCUCGCCGCAGCUUCCUGACCUCCGCCAUCCGUCAGGCCGACCCCGUUCAGGACCUCUACCUUCGCGAGCUCAAGGCCUACAAGCCCACUCCCCUCAAGGCCAAUGACGCCGAUGAGCACGUCCACAAGUUCACCGCUCCCCAGGCUCCCAAGUCUCCCGAGGAGGCCAACCUCGCCAGCGAGCUUUCCGCCUACGAGUCCCAGGAGGUCGAGGUCGAGGGCCAGGCCGCCGCCGGUGAGGCCGCCCCUGUCGAGGAGAGCUGGUUCGAGGAGGAAGAGGAGGCUCCCGCCGCCCACUAA